AUGGGGGUUGGCUGUGUGUGUAACCUGAUCCCGUAUCUCAUCCUUUAGGAAUAGAGAAUAUGAAUCUGCUGAAUGAGUGUAAAUCGCUGCGGUACCUUCCCCUGAACUUUACACACUUGCGCUAGGGAAAGAGAGAGCGAGAGCUGAUGCACAGCACAGGGGAGCAGGGAUGUAAUUACGGGAAGGUGUUGAUGAGAAUAUCUCGCAGAGGAAACACAUUAAAGGGCGGUAGACCCAGAAGAAGGUCCCAAAGGGAUGGCGGAUGUGAUGGAGACUGGUGGCUCUGUGGACUGGCAAAAGCGAUGCGUAGCCCUGGAGACCCAGCUGCUGAAGUUCCGGCUGCAGGCUAGCAAGAUCAGGGAGCUGCUGGCAGAGAGGAUGCAGGAGUUGGAGCUGAGAGUCACAGAGGCGGACCAGCGAGCAGAGAAGGCUGAGAAGCAGGUACAUGUAAUGGAAGAAAAACUGAAGUCGGCGAACGUACAGCCCAGCGAAUCGGAGAACUCUUUGUUCAGGCGGUACCAAGAGCUGUCCAGUCAGGCACAAGAAAAGGAUGAGGUGAUUCAGAGGCUGGAGGUGCAGUUGGAAAAGCAGAACCAUCUGAGAGCACAGGAAGCAAAAAUCAUUGAAGAAAAAGCAGCGAAAAUAAAGGAAUGGGUGACCUUCAAACUACGAGAGCUUGAAAUUGAAAAUCACCAGCUAAAGCUUUCCAACUUAAAGCAGUCUGAACAGAUCCAGGUUCUCCAGGACAAAAUUCAAGCGCUGCUGGAAGGUCCUGGGUCAACACUAGGGACAGGAUCACACCCACAUGACAAUCUAGCUGGGGUCACAGCCCUCUCCAGUCUGGUCUACUCCCCUGGCGGCCCCACAAGCCCCACAAGCCCCACAGCUGUUGAGGAGGGCAAGUGGCAGCAUUCAGCACGUUUUUUACCGUCACCAACUCUAAACACCCAAGAUUUGAAGAAAAAGGGGGCAGAAGUGUCUGAAUCUCAACAGAGCUGCCCUACUUCACCUCUCGUCCUGGAGGACUUUUCAACCCAUGAAAACCAUGACCCCCUCUCUAAGUCUCCAUGUUCUGUGAGAAAGCAGACCAGCCCAGUUGCCAUGGUCACAGCAGAAGAUGAGGUUCUGGUCAAGGCUAAAGAUGUCCAAGCAUCACCAAAGUCUGGUUCUUGCAGCCCUGAGGCCUCCCUCGAGUUAGUCGCAAGGGGUUUUGGACCAGAGUUGCCAGAAGGUUUGAUCCCAGAGGUGCAGCAGCAUUUGGAGGUUGUUCGGGAUGCCCAUAGCCCCCCAGAGAAGAGAUGUGUGAACCGAUGCUUGGAGCGCGACAAUUCCUUUGAUGAACUGAACAGCAAGUUCUGUUCGCAGUGCUGCCACUGCUCUUCAUCACCCAGCAAGGCCAACAUGCCAAGCCUCAUCGUCAUCCCGGCACUCACCCCCAAACACUCUAUCCCUUCCCUGCAGCCUGCUUUCCCCUCGGCUGCUCCCUCUGGGACCAGCAUGACCUUGCCAAAGGUGAGGACACCACUCACACCCAGGGACAGCAUCCAGUUGGCCAAAAAGCACUAUAGCCAGCCACAGCCGGGGGCUGACCGCCUACAUCAUAUCAAUGUCAGCAUUGACAUCAGCUCCUUCAAGCCAAUCGCCCUGCCCCCACAGUGCACCCUAGAGGUGGAGGAGACUGACAUCGACGAGGUUCCUGAUAAAAUGGACAUGGAGGAUUGUGAGGAGGGGCUGAGGGAGGAAAGGAUCUCCUUCAUCCCACUCCCAGAGGAGCUGGAGUUCUUUGAUGUGGACGUCAAGCCACCCACUCCUCCUCUGCACAGGUUCCCAUCUUGGGAGAGUCGGAUCUAUGCUGUUGCAAAGUCUGGGAUGAGGCUGUCUGAGGUGACUUUCGGAACGGGAUCUCCCAGUAGAGUUUCCAAUUUGCCGUUGUAUCCAGCCGCAGGCCCCUUCACCCAUCUCAUCUACAAGAAUGUCACCGUGCCUGUGUACACCACACUCAAAGGGAAGGCGACUCAGAUCAGCAACAUCCCCUUCCCAGACGAGUCCUCGGGCUCUGAGGAUGACACCAGCUCUCUGGCCAGCCUCCGUACCUCCACCCUUGGACCCGAAACAAAGAAGAGCAGCACGCCAGGCAGCCCACGGGCCACCAAGAGAGGGGUGUCCAUGUCCUCUGUGAGCUCAGAGAGUGACUAUGCUAUCCCCCCAGACGCCUAUUCUAUCGACAGCAAUUACUCUGAACCGGAACACAAACUGCUGCGGACUUCCACCUACUCCUGCGAGAGUAACACUGCCGAGCCGCUGGAGAAAUCUGGGUACUUGUUAAAAAUGGGUAGCCAGGUAAAAGCAUGGAAACGGCGCUGGUUCGUUUUGAGGAACAGAGAAAUCUUGUACUACAAAUCCCCUAGUGAUGUCAUCCGCAAGCCCCAGGGGCAGAUUGAGCUCAAUUCAUCCUGUCGUAUCGCUCGUGGUGAAGGGGCACAAACCUUCCAGCUCAUUACAGAAAAGAAGACCUAUUACCUGACAGCUGACUCCCCCAACAUUCUGGAAGAGUGGAUCCGCGUUCUACAAAACAUCCUCAAGGUGCAGGCCGACAGCCUCGUUGUCACGGAGACCACCGCCAAGCCCAUCGUCAGAGGCUGGCUCACCAAAGUCAAACACGGCCACUCCAAACUGGUUUGGUGUUCUUUAAUUGGGAAGGUGUUCUACUAUUACCGCAAUCAGGAUGACAAGUUCCCGCUGGGUCAGCUGCGUGUGCAUGAGGCGAGGGUGCAGGAGGUGGACCGCUCCUGCGACUCGGAUGAGGACUACGAGGCGGGAGGGAGGGGCUUCCUGUCCUCCCACUGCACCCUGGCUGUCUACCCCAAGGAGCAGAGCCCCACCUAUCUGCUCAUCGGGACCAAACAGGAGAAGGACACAUGGUUGUACCACCUGACUGUGGCAGCUGGCAGUAGUGGCGGAUCUAAAGUGGGCACAGAAUAUGAGCAACUUAUUGGCAAACUGCUGGACCAGGAAGGGGAUCCAGGUUCCCCCUUGUGGACUCAUCUCAUACUAUGUUACAGCAAAGAUGGACUCCUCGCUCCCCUCACCACCCUGCCUUCACAGGCUCUGCAGACUGAGGCACUCAAGCUCUUCAAGUCAUGCCAGCUUUUCAUCAAUGUCCUGGUUGAGUCUUCAUCCAUCGAUUACCACAUGUCUCUGGCCCAGAAUGCUUUGCAGGUGUGCCUAACCCACCCCGAGCUACAGAACGAGAUCUACUGUCAGCUGAUUAAACAAACCUGCCACAGACAACCACAUAACUACUCCCUCAUCCAGUGCUGGCAGCUGCUGUCCCUGUGCGUCACCCUCUUCCUGCCUCAGCAUCGCUUCCUCUGGUACCUGAAACUGUACCUGCAACGGCACGCAGACCCCAGAAAUGAAGUUGGCAAGUACAUCAUUUACUGUCAGAGAUCAGUGGAGCGCACACUUCAGAAUGGAGACCGGGAGGCUAAACCAUCCCGCAUGGAAAUCAUGUCUAUCCUGCUGCGGAACCCCUACCACCACUCCCUGCCAUUCAGCAUCCCUGUGCACUUCAUGAACGGGACCUACCAGGUGGUAGGCUUUGACGGCUCCACGACGGUGGAUGAGUUCCUAAACACACUGAACCAGGAAACUGGAAUGAGGAAGCCUGUGCUUUCAGGAUUUGCUCUUUUCACAGACGAUCCUUCGGGGAAGGAUUUGGAGCACUGCCUGCAGGGAAAUGUCAAGAUUUGUGACGUUAUUUCAAAAUGGGAACAAUCAUUGAAAGAACUACAUCCUGGGAAGUAUGAAGGGACCAGAAUAGUUCGUCUGACUUACAAGAGCAGGUUGUGCUUCAGAGCACAAGCAAAGAGGGAGACAGAGAGAGAGCGCCUCUUGCUGGCGUAUCAGAUCAAUGAUGACGUGGUGCAUGGGAGGUUUCCUGUCAAUAAAGAGCUGGCACUGGAAGUCGCAGCCCUGAUGGCCCAGGUGGAGUACGGAGAUUUAGACCGGCCGGUUGCUUCUAGCCCCGGCGGAACUUCACAGGCCAAGAUGCAGCUGCUUCUCCUGCAGGCCCUGGAAAAGUUCUACCCGAAACGCUACAAGCAAGACUCCACCCCCGAGCAACUCCGACGGCAUGCUGACAGGGUUGCGACUAAAUGGAUGGUGUUGCGUGGUUGCAGUGCAGCGGAGUGUGUGCGCAUUUAUUUGACAGUUGCACGCAAGUGGUCUUUAUUUGGAGCCAAACUCUUCACUGUGAAGCCAGUCCCCCCUUCCCCCCUGGAGGAGGCUCCAACAUGGCUGGCUGUCAGUGAGGAUGGAGUCAGUGUGCUGGAACACAACACAAUGCGCCUGGUGAUGACGUACCCCUAUCAGUCGGUGAUGACGUUUGGUGGUUGCUGUGAUGAUUUCAUGAUUGUGGUCAACCAGCCUAAGGACAGGAGCUCUGGAAAGCGAACUGUUGAAAAACUGGUCUUUGCUAUGGCGAAACCGAAGAUCCUUGAGGUAACUCUACUAAUCGCCAGCUACAUCAACUACUGGACCAACAACCUCCUCUCGUCUUGCCCACACUCUCCUAACCCCGGCUCCCACCUCGGCACCAUGUCUGAGAAGAAGCUCUGGGACAUAGAUAGCAGGCACUUCCCAUCGAUGACCCGCACCACCAAGGGACCCACUCUGCUCUAAGAUGAAUGAGCAAGUUCUUAAAUCAGUGCUGUAGACUUGUGUUGCGCUGGAAAUGACAAAGGUUGAUAAGGUAAAACUGUCAGAAAGUCUGCCUAAUGCCUUCAUCUGUGUCAAGUUUCAACUUGAUGGGAUCUUGAUGAAUCACCACAAAAUUAAACUUGAGUUCUGUGAGAACCAAGGGACCUCAAAUGAUCAAUUUUACAAACUAAUUUCACCAUCUGGAUUCUACUAUUUCACUGGCAUCCCUAAUCUCAGUACAUCUGAAGUAGCACAAUGAAAAACAAAUUGAUAAAGAUUGCUGUUAAAAACUUACAAGCUUUCAAUAAAGAGGGAACCAACACUAGUAAAUACAUUGAAAUUACUACCUAAAGGAUGAAGAGACAGGCAGCAAGCUCAAUGCCACCACUGAGUGGUAAAGGACAUUGAGUGGAGCAAAAGGGCAAACAUUUCUUUAAACCCUGAGUCAUACACAGUGAAUCGAUGUUUGUCAUAUUGAAGUGUGUCUGACAUGUGGAUUGUUUCCAUAAAUUCGAUUUAGUUGUAGUUUCAGUGGGUAACCUUUGGAGUAUGCAGAUAGAUUACUAAUUGAGUCUCACUGGUAUUGACUGUACAGGUCACCCAUAUGCAAUUGAAGAAGUUACCAUGUUUUUCAUGGUAGCAUGUCAAUGUCAUUAUAAACCCUUUAGACCUUCCUUUCUAUCAGAAUACUGUACAUUGACUUAGUUGCCCACUUGGAUAGCAUUUAACAGCAUUGGAUCAAAUUAGACAAAUUAACCAUGCAUUGGUUAUGCCUUUUUUCCUUUUUUUAAUUUUUUUUAUUUAGCAUGUUCCUCUUUCCUAUUCUGCUUGCAAUUUUAUGUGAUCUAAAUUUGAUGUGACAUUUUAUGGAUAGAUUCUGAUACCAGGAAUAUAAAUAUUUGAACACAGUAAACGAGUAACAGAAUUAAUAGAGUAAAUUUAGAUUAAUGGACCAUAAAUCAGUAUUUUGUUUGAAAAUCUGUGGUAUACUUGUUAUGUAAAGCCCCUUUCACACUGGCACUCAUACCUGGGUCCGGACCCGGGGCCUGACUAAUCGGAUCACAAUACUGCAUAGUGUGAAGCCACGUAACCUGGGGCGGGUUAACCCAGGUCCCAGUGACCCACCUCAGGAUGUGGGUUGACACGCUUUGACUCGGGUCGAGCGAGACAAAAUGCUUGAUGGCCGUUCGUGAGUCGACGCAAUAACAAACAGCCACGCCUGCAUGAAAGUUUCACUUCCACAAGGAACGUUUCUGUUUAUUCUGUUUUAGCCAUAUUUAUGUUGGUUGAGACACACUAUGAGCCAGAUUGCAGCAGGGAUGAAGAAACUUUUUCUCUAAUCAACAUUUGGGCAGACGGUUCGAUACAGAGAAGCUUGAAUGUAAGCAUCCAUAACAAGCUGCUUCCAGGGCAUCAGUAUGUGCAUUGUUUACUUGCAUCUGUCACCCAGGUCAACCAUGCUUUAUCAAAAACAGUGUGAAAUCCCAUACCCGGCCCACAUGACACCGGGUACUGCCCACGUAGGUUCUGACCCGGAUAUAUCAUGCCAGUUUGAAAGGGGCUUUUGACAAACAUUGUGCAAUGGUUCAAAAUAUUGAAAUAUUUUGGAUACCUAAAAGGUGGUAUCCUAUUCCAAAUCAACCUGACCUUUUGAUUUUAUACCACUGUUUUUCGUGGUAUACGUUCUAUGAUAACGAUCCUACUUGAAAUAUGAUGUAAAUGGUGUAAUAAAAUGGAUUGGACAAACACACUGAUUUGACUUAGACCCUUGUAAAAACCAUGCCUUGACUGCACUGGUUCAACCUAAUUUCCAUUUUUAAGCGCAGUACCUCUGCUGUGCAGCCAUUUGUCAUGCCUCUCAGAGCCUCUUAUAUUGCACAACUACCGCAGGCCUUGUGUAAUCUACAGCUCCGGAGGCCCAUUCAGAAAUCACUGCCUCUAAUCCAUUGUCUUAGGGGGUUAACACAACUGGCAAUAAGUUGUUGAUGGUGAAACUUGAUAGUCUAGAUACCAUGGUAUGUAAUUAGGUAUCACUAAAAGUAAACCGUUGCUAUGGAAACCUGCUGUGCAGUGUUCCCACCUCAAAUGGUCUCAAAAAGGCCGCAUUCCUUGUGAUCCACUUAUUGUUGAUGGUAGGGUUUCUAAGGUGUUAUUACCCAGAAAGCUUACAAAUGUGUACUGCAAUGCAUGAAAGAGACAUGUCAUGCCAUCAACAAAGUAUUUUGAUGCUUAAAAUGUCAAUUUUGUUGCUUUCAGUAUCUUCUAGUCCCUUAGCAAAAUAUACUGCAGUAUCCUGUAAACCUCCUAGAAGCAUUUUUUGUGCCCUACAGGUUUAAUUUGUUGCCAUAAGGACCAAAAUUAAUGAAUUGAAGAACUGGAAAAUACUUUUAUUAAGCGUUAUUCACAGAACUGUCAUGCAAGAUGCAGUGUGUCCACAUGUGCUUCCUACAAAAAAAAAGUGUUUUGCAAGUAAUAAGUAAAUAAUCACUUUUGGUGUGCAUGUAUCUCGUACCUCAUUGAUCAUCAUAAAGUUAAUAUUGUGUUGUUCAACCAAGGGCUACCGUGUGUGCUUUCUAAAUACUAUUUGUGAAAAAUACUUGAAUCUCUUGUUUGGAUCAAACCACUGUCUUUUUUUUUUAAAUGGCAAGGAACCUUAUUUAUGUACAUUUGAGGUGCUGUUUUAAGAAAACCUAGAUCAUAGUUUAUAUUGUAGUUAAUUUAAUAAUUUUAAGGAAUUAAGCUUUUUGUGGACACUUCAGGAGGUACUGGAUUUUUAGAGCAGUUUAGAAUGUCAAUAAAAAGUGACUGAAAAUGCUGUUUGGUAAAAUGUAUGCAAGUGUGGGAUUCAAUUGAUGCUGUUCAUGCAAAUUGAAAUAAUGUGAUUUAAAUAAAUUAAAGUUCACUGUU